AUGGCGACGGCCCGGGAGAAGCCUGAUAAAGCUACCCUCAUUGACCAUAUUCUCUCCGAGGAAGACCUCUACAAAAUUCUUGGAGCCCCCCGAUCGUCCUCGCCUAACGACUUGCGCAGAUGCUACAUCCAACGGGGUAAGAUCAUUCAUCCAGAUAGACGGCCUGCCCACGAGGGAUCCACCGCUGCGUUUCAGCGCUUAUCCCAUGCCUACGAAAUUUUGAAGAAACCUUCAUUACGUGCCCACUAUGACCGGGAGUCCAGCCGCGGCGGUGGAAGGCCAGGGUUCAAAGGUGCGGUCAAGGGCAUUAUGGGCGAGCUCCUAAGUGGGGAGUUUGCGUUGGUGAGACGUGUCAUGGGCAAGCUAAAUCAGGAGUUUCCUGAGGUGGUAAAUGACAAUACCAUCGUUGCGAUUGAGAGGGCCUUUAACAAAAUGCGGGAGAUGACUCUCACAACACGAACUUAUCUCCUUCUCCUAUCAAUCGAAUUGUCUCGCAUCCACCGAGUGUCGAAAAAGCUCCUCUCGCUAGGCUACUUCGACGUAAUUGGCCGGAUGCGACUCACGGUGCAAUUAGUCAGAGUUACGUUAGCGGCACCCGUUCGUGUUGACCGAGCGCUCCAGCGCCGUCGGGAAAGGGAAUACCAGGCAAGAAAGGCCGGAUAUGAUGCCGCCGGCGCCAGUAGCGGAGGCUUGCUCAACGAUAGGGUUCGGGGUGUCCUUGAGUUUAUCAUCGGCGGCGAGAUCGAGGACGCUGGGGAAGAUGACCCCUUCGAGAAAUUCUGGGGAAAGCAGUGACUGGUUGUGGCUCUGGCGCAAGGAUAGCCGGAAUCUUUACGAGUCGCGAGUGACUAUUUCUUUUGGACUUUGUGGGUGGAAUGCCUCUGGGCAUUUGGAUUGAAAUUUAAAUCCUCCGCCAAAAUUUGAUUAGAUCGAGAGAACUUCAAACACCCCCA